CGCUAUUCGGCGCAUGACGCGCUCCAUCCAUUUUCAUUGGCCCAAACUUUGCCAAAGAUUGUUGUAAGUCAAGAUAGUUACUCCUCUGAGCGACUGUGCUCAUAGCAUUUGAUAAAGCAGCCCUAAGUACCAUUAUUUCUCAAGUAAAUGGCAAAUUACGCAUCUCGGUGUGCGUAAUUGCGCAUCCCUUACUAUUUUUAUUUGAAAAGUUUUUUUUUACUUGCAAAUGAUAUAUAAUACACCCAACAGGACGUAAACAGCCUAGUGCCGAGCAAUGAAUCGGGUGCGCGCGGGUGUGAGCAGGUGCGCGCAGAUGCACGCUUGGCAUAGACCCAGCGCACAUUCGUGUGCCAAGGUGUUUGUUGUUUUGCGCACAGAGGAUAAAGAGCUCCGGGAAGUCUACCAGAAGAAAGAAAGAAAGAACGAACCAACAGAAAUGGCACGAACAGAAAUGGCACGCAAAGCGUCACUUUCCUUGCUGGAAGCAGUGGCGAUGGUAACGGAGCCUGGCAGUGACGCCGAGUCCGAUGUGGACACUUUUUAUACACAUGAAGAGUUGGAUUACCUGGAGGGUCUGGACCCUAUUGAAGAUGCUGAGUCAGAGGAUGUUCCUCAGGCUCCUCCAGAUUCCCCUCUGCCAUUCACUUCAGGUGUCUCCCCAGCUUCAUCAGUGUCUACAACCACAGCCACCCGUCCAGAACCAUCAACACCUUCAACACCUACGAUCUCCUCUGAGAGCAGGAGGAGGGGCAGGGAUGGAGGACAUGGAAGAUCCAGAUCUCCACUCCUCAGUGCUUCAUCUCCAUCACCACACUUACUAACCACCACACCAGGAAGACCGCAGCAGGCAAGGAUCAUAUGGGAGGCUGUCAUGUGUGCACUGCUGACAAACACAGGGGAAGAGGCAGUGUACUGCAUGGAAAUGCAAGGCCUGUGAUGUGGCACUAUGCCUGGUGCCUGAUAGGAACUGCUUCCAUGAU